CCUACCCCGUGGCACUUCAAAGAAAUUACAGAAAAACUGCCCUCCUUUGCAGAAUCACUGCCGUGAGUCACCCCGCAGUCAUUUUCCCCUCUCGACCCAACCAUGGCCAAGCUCUGGCGGCGCUAGGGUUUGCUCCGCAGCUCCACGUCCGCUCGUCUCCGGCGCCGGCGUCCAUAGUACGGCCGCCGCGGUCCUCAUACCCCUUACCACGCAUCUCCGUGCAGUGCCCAGCGCCGCCACCCGCGCAUCUCGCCGCCGCCUCCUCUAGGCCGCGCUUGGGCCACCCCAUCCGUCCGUCUUCGUCGCUGGUGGCCUGAUUCUGGCCGCCGUCGUCCGCUCCUCCCGGUGCGCAGCGCCACCACCAGCUGCAUCUGCUCCGAUCUACCACUACACAGAGCAAGGGGGGGGGGGGGAUCAGGAUGGCAACUGUUGGAGCAAGCAAACCUGCCAACCAAGUUGAGCAAGCUGUUUGUGUGCACCGUUGCAGUGGGCGCGACACUGAACAAGCCCGUGUUCUGUCCUGGGAGUCGCUGAAUGCUGAUUUGCUGGAGCUGAUCGCUGACCGGGUACUCUAUAGCGACCUGCUGCACUACGUCUGGUUCCGCGCGGUGUGCAAACAGUGGCGUGCCGCCACUCCUUGCCCACUCGGCCGUGGUGUGGUAGACCAGCGCUUUCACCCACGGCAAUGGAUGAUGUUUCCAGAGGGCAACGGGCUUCACCCCGGCCACACUGCAUUGGGCGGCUACAUCCGCUUCCUCAACAUCUACACCGGCAUCUUCAUCCGCGUGCACCUCCCAUGCUUCGAGGACCACUCCGUGCUCGACUGCCCUGACGGCCUCCUCCUGCAGCGCAAGAAGGACACUGCUAUCUGCCUCCGCCACCCCUUCACCGGUGAUGUUGCUGAGUUUCCUCCCCUUGCCUCCCUUUGCUUGUACAUGAGUAAGUUUGGGGUCUUUCUAAAUGGCCCUUAUGAUCUUCGACUACGGAUGGUCCACGCGGCUGUCACCGUCCAUGUGGGUGGCAGUAUCACCAUCAUGCUCGCGCUCAGUCAUGCCGAGCGCAUGGCGUACGUAUCCACCGGUGAAAAACACUGGACUCACACAAGCUGGAUGAUGACUGGUAUGAGGACAGCACUGCCAUUCCGUGGCAGCCUCUACAUGGUGAGGAGCUAGAAAAACAAACCCUCACAGAUCAUGCGCGUCGAUCCACCAGAUAGCUCCAGUUCCUCUUCGUGGCCGUCUAGACCACCACAAAUGAUCGCCACAUGUCCAGCUAGUCAGAUGACUAAGCCUUACCUGGUGGAGUGCAAUUCUGAACCUUUUCUGGUCAGCUAUACCGACAGACACUCCCGGCCUGUGGUUAUCCGGCUUGCUGACCUCCUGCUCGGAGUCCCUGCCACGCCAUUGACAAGCAUCGGCGACCAUGCCCUGUUCAUUGGCACUUGGAGCAUGGCUGUUAACUGCAGCAACCUACCAUCCGUUCAGGGGAACUCCGUCACCAUCCUCAACCCAACGCUGUGGAGCGGCCGACUGCGGCAAUAUGAUCUAGGGAGAGGUACCUGGUCACCGCUGUGUGAUGGAAACUUUGAUUUCGGUAGUACCAGCUGUCCCAUACCGAGGCCAUACAGUCUUGUUCACCACAUUGUUAGUUGUUGCCAGCGUCUUUACUGGAUCAAUGGGCACAUAUGGACCCGCCAUCAUUAUUCUGAACAUUGUUGGCAUGGGGUCGCUGCAGUACAUAGAAGAGUUUGCACAGUCUGCAGUGAUCAGUUGAAGGCUAUUCAUCUUUCCAACGUCUACGUUUGAAUGUCUCUGCUUUGCAGGUCAUCACACAGCUUCAUGUGGUACGAACACAUGUCCACAGAAGGUUUGGGUUGUAGUUGUCUACUCUUGUUAUGACAUUUCAGUCGAACUCAGAUGAAUUCAGAAAUAUGCUCCUUUUGAACUA